AUGAAGAAAAUUUAUAAUAUUUCUCUAUAUAUUUUACUUUUGAAUAUUUAUAUAUAUUUUAAGGAUAUAUCAUGUAACCAAAUUAUAAAUGAGAAAGAUUCCGAAUUAGGACAUGUGCUAGAAACAGGUAAUUCGGAUAGAAAUUAUGAUAAUAAAAAGUACUAUGAGAGUACUAAUUUUAAUAAAAAUAAUUUAGAAGAAUCAAUAUAUGAAGUAACACAAGAUGAAUAUAAUAUACAUCCUAAAAGUAACAUUGUUUUAGACAAUAAAGAAAAUAAUAGCCAAGAUCAUAUUAUUAUGAAUGUUAAUAAAGAUGAAAAUAAACAAAUGUCUUUUUCUCCUAGUUUAAAUGAAGAAGCAAAUAAAAUUAUAGAUUAUCAAAAGAAUAUUUGUGAAUAUAAUGAAUCUUUUUCAUAUUGUCCUGAAAAAAGUUUUAAUGAAGGGGAUGAUUGGAAUAGUAGAGAAGUGAAAAAUUCUUUUACUGAUAAUUUUGGGGUAUACACUCCCCCAAGGAGAAACAAAUUAUGUCUUUUAAAUAUAGGACAUCUUAGGAGUUCUAUAAAUGAUUUAACAAAAUUAAAAGAAGAAAUUAUUAAAAUUGCUUCAGGAGAAUCAUAUUCAAUAAUGAAAUAUUUUAAGAACGAUAAUAUAAAUUCAUUUACAGCAAUAAGGUACAGUUUUUCUGAUAUAGGAGAUUUAGUAAAAGGGACAGAUAUGAUAGAUAAUCAAAAUACUAAAGAUAUAAAUUCAAGAUUACUUAAUAUAUUUUCUAAACAAAAUGGGGAUCAGGAUAUAAUAAAAAAAAGAUUGGAAUGGUGGAAUAAUAAUAAAAAUGAUAUUUGGGAAGCAAUGAUUUGUGCAUAUAGUGGUAAAAAGAAUGUUGAAAAUUUUCCACAACACAAUAAUAUUGAUGAAGUCCCACAAUUUUUACGAUGGUUUGGUGAGUGGGGAAAAUAUGUUUGUUAUGAAUAUGAAUAUAUUUUGAAUAUUUUAAUACAAUUAUGUAAUAUAAGGAAAAAUAAAAUUGAAAAUAUUUCAUCUGUAGAAGAAAUGCAAAAAAAUGAUCAAUGUAAAUAUGUAUUACAUCAAUAUGUAGAAUGGAUUAAUAUAAGAAAACAACAGUGGUUUGAUCAAUCUAAAAAGUUUGAAAAGGACAAAAAUAAUUAUGACAAUGUGAAAGGAUUAAAACCUGAAGAUUAUUUAAACGAAAGGUGUUCUGAAUGCAAAUGUAUAAAAAAUAGUUUAAAUAAUAUAUUUUCCGUAAAUAAAUUUGAUAAUCAAUUUGUUUUUAAUAUGAUAAAGGAAAUAAAAGCAAAUGAAAGAUAUAAUAGCUUUAACAAAAAGGUAAUUGAUCCAACAGACGACUUAGGUAAUAAAGAUAAUGAACAACUCAAGGAAGAAUCUAAAAUGGUUGAAGGAUCCGCAGAAGGAGAAUAUGUAGAUAAUACUCUAGGGUUAGAUGACAAUAUAAAGAAAUCGGAUGAUGAUAUUGUCGAUCCUAGUAUAAUGGUUAACCAUGAAACAUAUGAAAAUAAUAAUAUUGGUUUAGGAAUGUAUGGUAAAAAGGAUGAUGAAGAAAAACACCAAGAAAUUGAAAAUGAAUCUACUUUUAAAGAUGAAACAUCUACAUAUGUAUCUGAACAUUUAGAUGAUCAGAAUGAAGUAUCUAAUGAAUUUUCAUUUAAAAGUGGCUCUAGAAAAAAAAAACGUUUGUCAAAUAAAAAAAUAAAUGAAAACGAAGCAAGUAAAAAAAAAUUAUCAUGGUUUCCUUCAUUUGGAAUACCAGGUAUUAGUUUUCCAUCAUUUUCUUUAGAUCCUAUAAGUAUUGCAAGUUUUAUGUCAAGAAUUCCAGGAUCAACAAUUACAACAAUUAAUACAGUUAGUGAUGCAGCUAAUUCUGUUCAAGAAACUGUAUCAUCAGUACAAAAUGGUUUAAGUUCUUUAACUUAUGAUGUAGGAAGUGAAGAAGAAAAAGACGAAAAAUCUGAAUCGGAAAAUGAACACAGAAGUAAUGAAUCUACUAGGCAUAGUAAUAGUGAGGAUGCAGUAGCAAAACAGAGCACACCCUUACCAUUACAACAAAAUUCUCCUCAACCUUCACAACAAGAAUUACCACAUGAUCCUUAUGAACGUGUUUUAGGAUGGGAAUUUGGUAAUGUACAUGUUCCUGGUACGAAUCCUUAUAUUUCUUCUAAAGAAAGUGAUUCCUUGGAAUUAAUAAAUUUAACAUCAUGGGAUAAAGAAGAUAUAAUCAAACAAAAUGAGGAUGUACAAGAAGAAAAAGAAGAAGAGCAAGCUGAUGAAGAAUUAAAAAAAGAAGAAAUAGAAGAGGAACAAGAUUUAUUACAAGAUGAAGAGGAAUACGAUGAAUUUGAAGAAGAAGAUGACCAAGAUGAAUUAAAAGAUGAAGAGGAACAAGAUGAGGAAGAAGAUAAAUCCACUAAAGGAGGAGAACAAGAGAAAAAGACAGAAGAUGAGAAAAAAGAAGAAACAAUUGAUUCCUCAGAUGAUAAAAAUCCUCAUGAAUCAUUAUCUAUAGGUUUAAAUAAUAAUAUGGAAACAAAAAAGGAUGCUGAGUCUAUAGUGAAAGAUCUAUUUAGUUUGUUUAAAGACAAAAAUAAUUUUGAAUCUCUUUUAAAAGAUUUAACUGGAGAUAUAACACGUUUAUUUCAAAUAAAUAAAUAA